AUGUCCGCCAUCUACGUCACUGUUACCAUGUCGAUGACAAUCGCUCUGCUCCUGUCGGGCAUGCUGGCGUCACCCGGCGCCGAAGAACUGGUGGGACUGGUGGACGCCGACGCCGACGCCAAUGCCGUGGUCGACAACAGCCAGGUGAUGUGCGAGGACGUGCGAUUGAAGUGCGCCUUCGGUCCAGGCUGUUCGUUGGCCCUGCACAACUACUUCGACAAGUGUGAUAGGAUGCUCCAGAACGACGCGACCAAGUGCCCCGAAUCGUGUCUGUACGCUCUGGUCGCGCUCAUAUCCACCGAGGACGGCAAACGCAUGUUGGACUGCACCUGCCGGGACCGCUACUGCGAGGAGAUGAAGGCCCGCGUGGAGGUGUGUCGGCCGUUUGUGAUGGAGGCGUCCAAGAACGAGACAGUGGUGCCAUGUGAGCUGGCCAGUUGGGUGUGCACGGUGGACCCGGUGUGCUCGGCGGCACUGGGCUACUAUCAAACGUACUGCAGACGGAUGCUGACCGGCGUGGCGUGCACUGAGCGGUGCCUCAACUCGGUGGAGAUACUCCAACGACAAGAGAAGGCUUCCAAGAUGAACCGGUGCAGGUGCACCGGAAAGUCGGCGGUCGACUGUCUGCGCCAGAAGGAGCGCAUGGUCAGGCUGUGCUACGGCGGCGAGGCGGAUCCGCGUCUCGAACAGCAGCAGCAGCAGGGGGGCACUAGCGGCGGCGGAGGCAACAAGUCCGGCGGCCGGAAGAACCGGAAAAGGCACCGUCCCAAGAUGUUCGACUUGGACCCUGACCGGGCUGAGGUGGAAAUGAUGAUGGCCAACGCGGACUACCAGCCGGACGUCCGGAACAGGUACAAAGCGACGGACGGCGUUGGUUGCGACGACGACGAAUUCGACGAGGAGGAGGAGGACGACGAAGAGUCAGCAGGGUCCGCCGAGGCCUUACUUCCGGUAACUCUGCUGGUGGCGGCUGCGUCCGCUUACCUAGUCUUGCGAUGA